AACGGAUGUAAAGUCGAAAGAUACAGGUUCUAUACAAGAAUUCUUUCUAAAAUUUGCCGUAGUGAGGACAGCUAAUUUCGCCAUCUGCGAAAGGAAGUGACGUCACAGUGAAUAUGUUCUGCGUUAUCAAGGUGACAACGUGAACUUCUAUACCUUUCAACGCUGUUACCGGCUUGAGAUAGUUGGGCGUUGCGAUAAGUACUGGAAGUCUGUUUGUAAACAUGCUAACCGUAUUGACGACGCUCGUGGCAAUAUCGACUUUUUACUCAGCAACUAAAGCUCAGUGCGGUGUAGAUGCUGUGCAGUGUUGCUUAACGGAAUUUUUGGGUUUUGUGAGCCCCUCUGGGAUUAAAUUGGAUGUAGAGAAAGCGUUAUCAGCUUGCACGAUACGAAAUGAGACCUUGGAAUGUCUAGACAAUUUCGAAGAACAAUGUGUCAAAGAGAAUAAAGAGUUGGCUGAAACCGUCAAGAAAACGAGAUCUUUUAUCAGCGAUAUAUGUAUUCCAAGUUCGAAAUUUAUAUCCGAUGCGAUAACUUACGGAGGGUGUUUCAAAAGUGCAUCUGGAAGCUUCUUGCAGUGUCUUAAUUCAUCUGAACCAAAAAACUUUGGAAGUGACACUGAUUCAAAGUUAAAGAAUGAUUGUUGCAUCUAUAAGGAAUUGAGGAACUGCGCCGUGCAAAAGGUGGAAGAUUCUUGUGGUGAAACUGCUUCUCAAGUGAUUCAUGAGGACGUGAUUAACAUUAACGGAGCUGGAUUUGAAUUGGUGUGCAAGGAUCUUUUUCAUGAAUGUGGAGCAGCGACUGGGGUGCUGGCAUCAUCGGCAGCUGUACUUAUUUCUCUGUUUAUCACAGUCUUGUUUUCAGUGAAUUCCUGAUUGUCACUUUUUCUUGAAGUUAUUGUUAUUAAAUUAUAAUUUUCUAACCGUUAAC